AUGGUUCCUGGUACUUCGCGUCUGGAGGGUCACCCCGGUCGCUCAUACUUUGCUGCGCCAGUGGGGUUGAAGACCCUCUUGGGCGUGCUUUGCCUUCGCACUUGGCUCAUUUCUGGUGCACCACACACUGCUGCAGACUUCCUCUCAUAUUUCAGGUGUGCCAAUUGUUCACCUUUCACUUGUCAGGCUCAUCACACCCGUCACUUUAGCUACAUCUUCCUUUUUGACUCUCACCAUACCAUAUCAAACUCUGAGUUUUCCAUCAUGCCCAACACUCUGACAAUGUUCAAGGGUGACCCGACACUUCGUGCAUCUUGGUUACAAUCUUACGAUGCCCUUGCCAUCGCCAUCCAGGACAAUCUAUUCCACCAUUUCGAAGAAGAAAAUGUACAAGCCUGCGCCGAUGGUCAUUUUGGUGUUGUCGACUGCUUUCAAUGGCCUCAAGCCUAUGACAACAUCUUUUGCAAUUCCGUCUGCAUUCCUCGUAAGGAGGUUUACCUGUUCCCGCAUCCACUUCACUGGGCGUGGUACACUCCCAAGCAAAAGGACUUCAAGACCAUCCCAGGCAAUUCGUUCCCUGUAGGCACGCUUGCCUCUGACAAGGUCGAAGGACUGGAGUCACUCCUCAAAUUAGUGGAAAAACGUGUACAGGACUGGAGGGCCAAUCGACAAGUCAAAAAGGAUGUCAUCAUCAAUUGUGUCAUCUCUCUUCGACACGGUAUCUUGCGGCUCAAAAAACAUCCCCUGACAUUUCGCGAUCUCCUCAUCUUCGUCAUGGAUGCCCAAUGCCUCUUCCUUGAAAUCCACUCUUUUAUGGAUUGGGUUCUCAUUGCCCAACCUCGCAUCUCCUCUGGCAUCGGGACUGUCAUCGUCAAUUCGGAAUGGAUGGGCGCUUUCAUGCAUGACAGUGACAUGUGCAACAAGCUCCACAUGGCUGAGUAUAAAUGA